AUGGUCACCUCAAUCGUUGCCGUAUUCGGGCUGUUGGUGCUCUUCGUUUCGGGGUUGCCCUUCGACGAAGAUAAUGGAAAAGCGACCAAAGCUUUCUACGAUGAAGUGAGGCAAUUGCUGAGCCUCAAUCCGGGAGUUUCCCAGUAUGUUCAUGUGGAAUUUGUUGUUCCAAAAGGAUUUUUUUCCAGAGCUCUGCAACCAGUAAUUUUUCAUCGAGCUGAUAGAGUGUGGGAUCAAAACACUUUCAAUAAUUCGAACCAUUACCAAAAUAUUCAUUUGGGACCAAUCAAGGAACACACCGUUCUUACUUUAGACCCACAGACUGGAAAAGUACUGGGAAAAUGGGGAGCAGAUCUCUUCUAUAUGCCGCAUGGAUUGACAGUGGAUAGACACGACAAUUUGUGGGUCACAGAUGUAGCCCUACACCAAGCAUUCAAGUUCAAACCUGGAGAAUUACAACCAACUUUGACAUUUGGUGAACGUUUUCGUCCAGGACCUGACCCCAAACAUUUGUGCAUGCCCACCUCCAUUGCCGUGGCAACCACUGGAGAAAUCUUUCUAGCUGAUGGUUACUGUAAUAGCCGAAUUCUCAAAUAUAAUGCUCUCGGAGUUCUUCUCAGAGUUAUUCCUGGUCCUUCAGAAUUUCUGACGUUGCAAAUUCCUCAUGCGUUGGCUCUUAUAGAGCCGAUGGAUAGAUUAUGCAUUGCUGACCGGGAAAACAAAAGGGUGACUUGCCCCAGAGCUGGUUUGUACACUAUUCAAGGCAAGAAAGAACCUGCCCUAACUAUAACUCAACCUGAUAUGGGCCGAGUGUUUGGUGUGGCCGCUAAAGGCAAGUUGGUGUAUGCCGUCAACGGCCCCACGUCGGAACUCUUGCCUGUACAGGGCAUGACCAUUGAUCCGCAGACGGAGUCUAUCAUCGAUCAUUGGGCGCCGGAGGAGGGUUUUGGAAAUCCACAUGCUAUCGCAGUAUGUCCUAAUGGUUCAGCACUCUAUAUAGCCGAAAUUGGUCCGAAUAGAAUCUGGAAGUUUGAGUUAGUUCCACCUAAGUAAUAAUGAAGAAAGAAUACAUUGUCACAUUUCUGGUUCAUUUUGAAAAUUCCUCUAUAGUACCUUCUUUGACACAACGUCGUUGGUCAAACAUUAAUGUAAAUUGGUAUUUCCAGACAUACAUAGAAAAAUGUUCAUAAUUAUGAAAAUAUUUUCAUCAGAUAUCAAAGUUGGCACUUCAUCUAUAGGUUUUAUACUGGUCAUAUUCAAAUCCUCUACUUAGAAGAUUAAGCUUGAAUGUAGUAAUAUUUAAAAAAAUGUGAAAUGUAUACUUUUUGUAUAUUUUUUAAAUACUUCAUCAUAUAGAUAUUAGAACAUAUUGAGAUUUCAAAUUGCAUGAGGAGUUAUGUAUUGGUAUAGUAUUUAUUCACAAAUUUUUGGCAGUUGUCAACAUUUUUCAGUUUUCAUAACUUGAAUUAUAUCACGCCGAUAUUUCCUCUUACACAAUAUGUAUAUAGUUGAUUGAAGAGAAUUAAGUGUAGACAAUAAAUUAGCUACAUAAUAAUAAA